CAACUGUAGAUUAUUAUAAGGUCCCUGAAGUUAAGAACCAUUCUGAAAUCUUUCUGGCAAAGACAUUGGGAUCAAAUUUUUCAUUUAAGGUUAAUUAUUUGCUGUUAAUUAAACUUCUAGUCUAAUUUUAAUUAAUUUAGUGCAACGACGAGUUAUUACUCUUGACCUGUGUUUCUUUUUUGUUAUUUAUUUAUUUCUAACAAUUACUUAAUCAUGAAAAUUUGGACAUCAGAGCAUGUUUUCAGUCAUCCAUGGGAAAAGGUUGUGACAGCAACGUGGCGUAAAUAUCCAAAUCCAUUGAACCCAGCUGUAGUAGGGAUUGACGUUGUUGACAGGAAUGUUGCAAAUGGUACUCUCAAAAGUCAAAGGUUAAUCAGUACUGAAUGGGGUAUGCCACAUUGGGCCUGUAGUAUAUUAGGAGGAGAUAAAGUCUCAUAUGCUGUUGAACACUCAGAAGUAGACGCUAGACGUAAAUGCAUGACAUUAGUAUCAAAAAAUAUAUCCUUUUCAAAUGAAGUUUCUAUAGAGGAAAAAUUAACAUAUCUGCCUCAUCCGAAUAAGCCUGAUGCUACUCUUCUAAAACAAGAAGCUAUCAUAACCGUCCAUGGGAUCCCAUUGAGUAGCUACUUCGAAAGUUUUAUAUCAUCAACAAUCUCAUCGAAUGCUCAAAAAGGUCGACAAGCGCUGGAAUUCGUAAUUAAUCGAAUGGGAGGUAAUUCCUUAGAGGAAGAACUACACCAUCAAGUGAUAUGAUAAUUCAACUAGUUUAUUUUAAUUACAAAUUAACCUCUCUUAGACCCCUAAAUUCCUCUUUCCUCUUUCAAAUGUAAACAUCCCUGUUAAAAACAGUUAACUAUUACCUGCUGGGAUGUAUUUUUUGAAUUAGUAUUGUUAUGUUAAUACAAAUUAAAAAUUAAGUUCACAUUUGAA